GCGGAAGGGGGAAGCGCCAUGGCCGGCGCCGGGGCCUGGGCCGGCUUCUCGCAGGAGGAGCUGCGGCGCCUGCGGCGCCCAGAGUUGUCUGAAUCCUCGGAGCAGCAGCGUCGCCCCCACACCGUGAGUAAGAGCCGGAAGCAGCUGCAACGAGAAAAAGCCCUCCAGCAGCAAUGUCAGAAGCUGGGAGUGCAGGAUGGAACAGCCUCUGUGCUUCCUGAGCAGUUGCUUUCUGUACCAGAACACAAGCCUUGUCAUCCUCAGCAGCCUGUGGCACCACCUCAUCCUCCUUCGAAGGAAGACCAGAGGCAACAUGACAGCCAAGAUCAACGGAAGGAACUGAGGCUGAAAGAGCCUUGUAAUGGUAGUGAAAAUGUCCAGAAUUUCCCUGCAAAGCCAAACUUGAAAGUGGAGAAGAAGAAAGUGGAAUUGUUAGUAAGUCGGCAGGAAAAAUCACGAUGGGAAAUCCUCCAGCAGGAACAGCGGCUGAUAGAAGAGAAGAAUAAACGCAAGAAGGCACUCCUGGCCAAAGCUAUAGCUGAAAGAUCCAAAAGAACUCAAGCCGAAACAGUAAAACUAAAGAGGAUUCAGAAGGAGUUACAAGCUCUGGAUGACAUGGUAUCUGCUGACAUUGGAAUUCUGCGGAACCGAAUUGAUCAGGCCAGCUUAGACUACUCCUAUGCCCGGAAACGGUAUGAUAAGGCCGAGUCAGAAUAUGUGGCAGCUAAGCUGGACCUCCAACACAAGACAGAGAUUAAGGAGCACCUCACAGAGCACCUGUGCACAAUCAUACAGCAGAAUGAACUCCGCAAGGCCAAGAAGCUGGAGGAGUUAAUGCAGCAGCUGGAAGUGGAAGCAGACGAGGAAAGUCUGGAACUCGAGAUAGAGGUGGAACAGAUGCUGCAGCAGCAGGAGGCAGAAGCAGGGAGACAAGCUAGCCAGUCACAAAAUCAUGCUGGGACAGCAAAGAAAACCCCUGUUUCCAGUGCUAUGGCAAGAGGAGGCGAGAGUGCUGACCGUGCUGUCACUUUUCCUGCUAUUUCUGAACAGUUGGUGCCGUCGGAAAACUCACAUUCCGAGUCCCUCUCCAAUAUGGACAGUCAAACUCAAGCAGUAACAGUGACUCCAGGCGACCGCCCAGCUUGCUCUGAUACAUGAUUACUGUAUUCAGAUAAGUCAGCCUGUUAUGGAAGAUAUACUUGCUAUGGGCUUGUGUUCUGUAUGUUAUUUCUGGGCUCCUGCAGUGCCAGUAAUGUGUGCUUCAUUUCUCUCUCUUUAAUUUUGCUGUUAAUUUUUUUUUUAACAGGACACUUAUUUGGGGUUCACCAUUUGUCCUUAUCUUCUGGUUUUAGGUUCACAUUUUAAUGCCAGUUUCUUCAUGGUGCCUUGUACCUUGCUGAAAGGGGAUAUCCAGAAGCAAGCAGCACUUUUUUUUUCUGAAGGCUUUAUGUGUACAGAUAUCACCUGUUCCAAGCGGUGUGCAAGAAGGGGUGGUACCUUUCUACAGGAGAAAAAGUGCAGCUAAUUCUGGUUUUAGGCACUUUCUUUCCCCUACCAACUAUGAUAGGAUGUUUAUCUUCCUUUAUAUCCAUUAGGGAUUAGUUUUCAAUGUUUUAUUUUAAUUCUGGGAAAUCCAAGUAGGGCUUUUAAUUAUGUUUGUAGCUGCUGCUCUUUCCUGUACCUGAUGUAUAACAAAUUCACAUACAGAGAAAAUUUGCAAAGUCAAUUGAAAUAUUUCCUGUUUAUCACUUUGCCUACUUUUUCAGAUAAUGCUAGAUCCCACAAAGUUAUAUAUUGAUAACAUUAUUAUCUAUGAAAUCAUAGCAGCUAUGGUUGAACAGAAAUGGUGGGUAACGCUGUUUAAGACAUAGCAGAAUGUAUGACAGAAGUAGAAACACACAAUAGAGCAUUUUACUGUUGUUCCAUUGUGAAUAUUUUUCUCAAGCAGUCAUAGUUGCCUCAGUUCCACUAAUCAGCCAAGGAUCUUGUAAUGAAUCAUCCCCAUCGUAUGCUGGAAUUAGGAAUGUUCAAUGCAUUUUCUUGCCUGAAGAUUGGGUUCAUAUCUCCAAAGAAGUUCAACUGUUUUGCUCUGUUGCUGCUGAAAAGCUUUAUAAGGCUGUUCCAGGUGGAGGAAGUUUCAGGAAGUAAGCUGGAGGACGUAGGACGACCUCCCUUAGACUGAUGCAGCUGUAGACCUUGGGGACUAUAUUCAUGGCUAUCCAGUUCGUAAUGGAGGAGGACUUCUUUCAUCAUGGAAACGGUUUCUGUAAUACCUGACCUUAACCUGUCAGUCAUGGUUUGUGAAUAGGUCACUGAGUGAUGCCAUCAGGUGUAUAAAUGGGCAUCUCAAUGGCUUUAAUAAUGAAAAAAACAUGUCACUACAUUUUUAUUUUAUUAAUAAAUUGGUGCAUCUUU